AUGUCAGUCCUUUUACGGAGACCGUUUCGUACGCACUUCCAUUGCCCGCGCGCAAUACACGCACCGCUCGUGUGUGCAAGCCCACCACUACCACCACAACCGCGGUAGUUGUUGUUGUAGUAGUAGUAGUAGUGACGACGACCGCCGUCGCGUACAGUACUACAGUCUCAUCCGCACCGGCGCCGGUAGUGAACGUGGUGCGCGUGUCUGUUUCCGUAAUAUCGUUGAAUGUAAAAUUUCGUUGACAUUUUUAUAAUUUUUUUUUUUUUUUUCGUAUUCCGAUUUCGAUCUAUACGCGAGAUCGCGAGUGUUUCUUACGAUAAAUUAAAUAUCAUAUCGUCUGUGGCUCGAGUUUUUUUUUUCAAUUUUCGCCGGGACGUCCGAGUCGAUUAUAAAAUAGACAACCCGUCGUCAUCGCGUUUGAUAUUUUGAUUUUCUCGUAGCCGUCGGGAAACGAGGUACCGUGGGAAUUUCCCGGUUUUUCCACCGACGGGACAAGGAUUGUUACGUUUUAAUAUAAUUUUUUUUUUUGAACAUCUCAUCGUGUGUGCGUGCGCGUUGGCGACACGCCGAGUGACCGUCGAAAACGACCGGUGGGAUUACGCGGACUAAAAUUACGUUGCCGGGUGCCGCCGAAAUGGUGAACCCGAGCACGGAAUCCAUACUGAACCAGAUGACCAACCUGGCCAUGGACAUCGCCCUGGACUAUGUGUUGCCCGCUUCGCCGAUGAGCGACGUGUGCAAGAGCGACUUGUUCGAGUUCGAACGGGACGUGGUGGUCGCGGCCGUCAGCGGCGGAGCGACUGCCGACGGUCUGCUGAGCAGCCUAGUGGCCGGCACCGCGGGUACGGCUGGAGGCUGCUGCGGUCGUCCGCCCACAGACUUGUGCAAGAAGAACAGUUAUAUGGGCGCAGCGGGAUGCGACUCGUGCGACGCGUGCCUGGCCAGAAACGCCGCGGCCACCGCAGCCGCUGACCUCUACUCGCCGAGCACCUGUACCACCACCACUACCACUUCCGCCGUUGGCUUAACGGCGUCACCGCCGUCGUCGAGCGCCUCGUCCACGACGUCGUCCGCGUCGUCCACACCGUCGCAACAGCAGACCGCCGAGACGACGAUGGACAUCAGUUGGUGUCAGUUCGACGGUUGCGAAUUCGACACGGCCGACAACAGUUACCUGGACAUUUGCGAUUGGAUAUUCUACGCCGACCGGUACGCGCUCACCGACGAGAACCGCGAAAAAGUGCAGAAAGCGUUCCAGAUGGUGCCACCCGGCGAAGUGACCGGUUACGUGGCCGAACCCCCCAAGCACGCGAAGAGAACCAACAACCCGACCGGUGCAACGACGUUGCCGGUCGGCGACGACCCGUCUGUGGCCGCGGUGGCAGCCGCCGCCGCCGCUGCAGCGAUCGUUGGCGGCGUGACCGUCAAGUCGGAACCGGACGACGACUACUUGUGGACCAGCGAUAACCACUUGCUACCGAUCAUCCUCAAGGCGGAACCCAACGCCGACAUACUGCAGAUCACCGAACUGGACCACAGUUACCUGCAGACGCCCACCAGCCACGGCGGCUGCGGCUCGACCAGUUCGUCGACGGCCGUGUCGCCCGCCAAACACCAUCCCAACCACUUGGUGGACAUGCUGGGACUCGUCACACCGCCGCCGUCCCGUUCGCAGUCUUCCGAAGAAGAAGAGAUCGACGUUGUCAACGACAGCUGGGACACCCCGGACACGCCACGCAAGGGCGCCACCAUGGCGGACAUAAUGAAACGCGGCAUCGUCAAGAAGCGCGAACCGCUGACCAAGUGGAAGAACACGGUCAAACGGAAGCACAAGACCGCCGGGCAGUCGGCCACCGCGGCCGCCGUGGCCGCAGCGUACCCGAUGCCCCCACCUCCGCCCAAGAAGAUGUGUGGUGGACUAUCGCUAUUGGACCGAUACAAAAAGGACACUAACUGGAAGGGCGCCGUCAUCAAGGACGAACCCGUUAUCAAGGACGAACCAUUGGACGAAGACGACGCCGGUUCGUCGGCCGACGACGACCGCAGCGACGACGAGUACGACAACCGACAGCGACACCGACGAAAACAGCGUCAACAACAACAGAAACAGCAAAACGCGCUGGCGAUGACCAUCAAGCCAGAACCGUUGGACGAGGACGAAGACCGCAGAGUCGACGACGAAGACGAAGACGACGAUUACGACAUGGACGCGGACUUCGAGUCGCUAAUGAAGAACGAACCGGACGACAUAUUCGACGACGAUUACGACGACUACGACGACGACCACGACAUGGAUUGGGACAAAGUGUUGCGCGGCACGUCCACGUCGAGCGGCGGCCGCGGCGGCAAGUCUUCCGGCGGCUCGUCGUCGUGCAGCUCGUCGUCCACGACCACGGGCGGCGGCCGCAAAAAGAAGAAGAAGAAGAAAAAGAAAACGUCGGCGUCGUCCGGCUCGGCAAAAUCGUCGGCCAAGCUGCACCACCAACAGCAGCAGUCCGGCGGCGGCGCCGGCAAGAAGAUCAAGUACGAGAACGUCAACGGCGGUUACAGCUACAAGACCAAGCUAAUGGAUCCCGUCAAGCGGGCGCUGCACAACGACCUGGAGAAGUCGCGGCGCGUGGAGACCAGCAUGCUGUUCAUGAACCUCAGCAUGCAGGUGUCGUUCCUGGACGACAACCGCAAGAUACCGUCCAAGCUGAGCAUACUGCGCGGCGCCAAGCGGGAGUGCGACCUCAUGAUGCUCGACGAGCGGCGUCUGCUGUCCGAGAAGCACGUCAUGCAGCAGAAACAGCGCAUGCUCCGCGAUCGGCUGUUCGAGCUCCGGCGCGAGCACUACCACCGGCGGUACGGCAAACCGAAACAAACGUCGUCGUCGUCGUCGUCAUCCCAUAAUUCACACAACCAACAACAUCAACAGCAAUAGUCUCGUCGCGGUGAGAACCAAUCUUGUAAUGAUAUUAUUAUUAUUUUUAUAACAUUAUUUCUCAUCCCCCGCACACGACCACUCGCGCACACAUACACACGCGCUCGCGUGACGUACCUACUCGUUCGUCCUGGGCGUCGUUUUAUUUAAUUAUUAAUAUUAUUACAUUUUUUUUUUUUUUCUUAAUUUUAAUUUCGAAGAACAGUUGCUCAAAUAUAUUUAAACAUAUAUUAAUUUAUUAUUAUUUUUAUCAAUAAUUAUUAUCGAUACGUAUUGUAUAUGUAUGUAGAGGUAGUUAAGUAGUUAGACGUGUGUAUGUGUGUACGUGUGUACUGGUGUUACAAUAUUAUGUUUAUGUACAUAUAAUUUGGAUAUGUUAUACGCGUAUUAUUAUUUUAUUAUGAUAAUUCGUCCAAGGCGAGCGAGAGUGUCCGUGUUUGUUAUUGAGGUUUUUUUAUUUAUUAUUUUUCUUAUUUUUCCGAAAUCCACUGAAGUACAUUUUUUCCGUUUCAAAUCAUGGAAAACAGCAAAUAUACUGUUUUAUUUUUUUACAAUCGGUAAACAGCCGACUUAUAUAGUCGGGAGCAGGUCUUAUAAUAAACUAUUGUUUAUAUAUACAUAAAAAAAAAUGCGUCUAAAAUAUUUAAUAUUUCGUAAUAUAUUUGACACUUUUUUUUUAAAUUUAAGUUUUCUACUAUCGCCCUUUCCCUUGCUCCCGUGGCACUAUGUAGUUAUAGAUAUUCUUGUAAAUACGAAUAAUCAACAUUUUAAUUUACUAUAUAUAUAUAUAAAUAUAUAAAUUUUAUUAUAAUAAUCGUGUAACACUUAGGAUAUUUGGUUUUUUUUUUCAAACGUAUAAGCCUACUGAAUAUAUUUUAAAAUAUUUUAUUAUUUAAAAUCGUGAAAUACAAGUAAACAACGUUUAAACGAUAUGACAUGUUCCUAUUGUACAGUUUUUUUUUUAAAUAUAUAUAUAUAAAUGUCUAAUGAAAACUUUUAGUUGUAUAAUAUUUUUAACGUUAUCCAUAAACGUAGACGAUAAAAUACAUAAUUUUAAGUAUGAGUUUAUUGUUAAGUCUACGAGGAUAUUAUUACAUGAUGCUUCCCCUCCCCACACGUUUUUUUAAUGCACAGUACAAAAUAGAUUAAGUAAGAUCUUAAAAUGUUAUAGUUGGUAGUAUUGAUAAUUAUUUUUUUUCUGAUGUAGGUAUACUAUACUUGUUAGUUUUUUUUUUGUUACGUUUUACCUGAUUUCGUUGCAUUUCCAAGUUGUGUUUGCGCAUUUUUCCUUUAUUAUUAUUAUUAUUAUUAUUAUUUUUAUUUUUAUUAUUAUUAUUUCAUUUUUAAACAUUUCUUUUUUUGUUCACUAGACGGCACCUAAUUUAAAUGCACUUGUAAAAAUUAAAUAAAAUGUACGUAAAACAAUAUUAUUAUUAUUAUUAUUAUUAUUAUUAUUAUUAUUAUUAUUACUAUGAUUAUUAUUAUUAUUAUUAUUUUUAUUAUUAUUACAAUUAUUAUUAUAUUAUAAAAGAAAGUAAUUUAUAAAAGCGCUUAUUUGUACAUACAGAUUAAUUAAACAAGGAAUCCCCGUAAACAAAUAAAUAAAAAUGGUAAAAAGCUUUCAUAUUUUUAGAUAUAAAUAUUAAAUACUAUGUAUGUCUUAAGUAUACAUACAUACGUAUUGAAAUAAUUGUUAAUGCAAUUAUUUAUAAUUAAUUAUACCAGUGGAAGUAACAGGAGUGUUCAUUAAUAUUAGGUUUUUGUUAAAGAAAAAAAAUAUUAAGUAAAUAAGUCAUAGACAUUUUUAAACAAAUUUUCUCCUACGAUACAAUAUUGUGAUAAGUGCUGUUUUUUAUAAAUCGUUAAGACUUUGUUUUAGUUAUUAGGCCACGAAAAAGAAUAUGUUUGUUUUUUCUCCAAAACAACACGUUUCUGCCGUAAAAUAAACGUCCCUAAAUUUUUUAAAAAACUUUCGUUUUUGGAUUUUUUUUUUUAACUCUAGUCUCGAGUGCCAUCCUCGUUCAUGAUAUAUAUAAACCCUUCCCUCUUUUCAUAUAUUACACGCGCGAAAGAGAGAUAUAUUUUUUAAACGCUAACUCUUUAUUGGUCGCACAUAUAUUAAUUAUAAUAUAUACGAUGAUAUAUAUAAAAUAUAAAUACAUAUAUGUGUGUAUAUUAUAACUACGGAGGAAAAAGUAAAAUUUAGUGAGACUAAUUUUGUAUUAGAUAUUAUUAUUUUUAAUAAUUAAGGCUGAACGUGAUUGUUAACCAAGUGCUGCAAACAUUUUAUUGGAAAAUUAAUGAUAUAUAUUAAAAAAAUAAAAAAAUAAAAAAAAUACAUUUUCAUCUUAAUUCUAAGCCAUAAAUUUACCUUAUUUAUAUUUAUCGAAACCUAAGUUAUACACAUAUAUAAUAUAUAUUUUUUAUGUACAGUCUGUGGCAUUAGCCUAGAAAGUUGUUAGACUUGCUUUUAUCUGUUAUGAUUUAAGUUUGUUUUUUUUUUUACUCGUAAUCGAGUGUCGACUUCAUUUAUGAUUAAUUUAUUUAUAACGUCGAGUUAAUUAAGAAAAACCCAUAUGUACCUCUUUAUCGUUUUUACACAACAAAUACAAAAAAAUUAGUGCAUAAUUACCUAAUUUUUUUUAAAUUAUGUAAUAUUUUAAAGAAACGAUAUUAAUUGAUA